AGCGUAUUGUGUGAGCCAGUGUGUGGGGGACAGAUAAGGGAGCCAGCCAGCCCGCCAGCUCGACCCACCAACCCACCGACUGCCUGACUGCCUGUUUUAAUGUGCUGACUCUUGGGAGAUUUAAAAAAGAGAAAAAAAAAUACAGCAUAUUGACUCCUUAGACGUGUGCGGAGACCCUGGGCACAAACGCCACCACUACAGCCACAGCCAGCAGAGGUGCAUCAACAGACAGGGGAGAGAGAGAAAAAUAUAGAGGACUGAAAAAUCAUAACUCCAAAAUCAGAAAAUUAAAGAGGAUUUUUUAUCCCCCUCUUUUUUUCAAUUGAUUUCAUUUUUUCUUUCUUUCUUUUUUGUGUUCCCGGGACUGACUCCCAACCGUAGACAAGAAAAAGGGGAGCAAAGAACUGAAGAGAAUCUGAAAAUAAAAGGACAGAACGAAAAAAGCACCGACUCUGAACAUGUUCGAAAUAAGCCGAACACUCAACGCCGCUUUGUUGAGCAAUGAGCAUCUCAAGAUGAUGGCGAGGUACGGGCAGCUCUCGGGACUAGCAGCCAGUGGCGUGGGCUCCGUCCCCGAGACGCACUCGCCGCUAUUUCCCAGGGAUCUCCUGUCAUCGCCAGCCCAGAUGGGCUACAGGUCACCCCUGGGGUCGACAGAGACACAGUGGCGUCAGGCAGAGCUCCCACAGCUCCAGGGCUGGGCAGAGAAGGGAUUGCUGACACAGCCAAAGAUGAUCAUCAGUAACAUGGAGGCUCCAGUGACAAAUGGCCCCAGCGGAGGAGGCACCACAGCCAACGGGCCGACCACCAACAGCCGCGGCUGCCCCUCGCCCAUGCAGACUGGCCCGACAAACGACGACAGCAAGACCAACCUCAUUGUCAACUACCUGCCCCAGAACAUGACCCAGGAGGAGUUCCGCAGCCUGUUUGGUAGCAUCGGCGAGAUCGAGUCCUGCAAGCUUGUUCGCGACAAGAUCACAGGACAGAGUCUGGGCUACGGCUUUGUCAACUACAUCGAUCCAAAGGACGCAGAGAAAGCCAUCAACACGUUAAAUGGACUCAGACUUCAAACCAAAACGAUCAAGGUGUCAUAUGCGCGACCCAGCUCAGCCUCCAUCCGUGACGCCAACCUUUAUGUGAGCGGCCUGCCCAAGACCAUGACCCAGAAGGAGCUGGAGCAGCUCUUCUCCCAGUACGGACGCAUCAUCACCUCCCGCAUCCUCGUCGACCAGGUCACAGGCCCCGCAGGUGGCUCCCGAGGUGUGGGCUUCAUCCGCUUUGAUAAGAGGAUAGAGGCUGAGGAGGCCAUCAAGGGCCUGAAUGGACAGAAGCCAUCGGGUGCUGCCGAGCCCAUCACAGUCAAGUUCGCCAACAACCCCAGCCAGAAGACCAGCCAAGCCCUUCUGUCACAACUCUACCAGUCCCCCAAUCGCCGAUACCCAGGGCCCCUCCACCACCAGGCUCAGAGGUUCAGGCUGGACAAUUUGCUUAAUAUGGCCUAUGGCGUAAAGAGGUUUUCUCCCAUCACCAUUGACAGCAUGACCAGCCUGGUCGGCAUGAACAUCCCUGGGCACACGGGCACUGGUUGGUGCAUCUUCGUGUACAACCUGUCCCCAGAUUCUGACGAGAGUGUGCUCUGGCAGCUGUUCGGGCCGUUUGGUGCCGUCAACAAUGUCAAGGUGAUCCGUGACUUCAACACCAACAAGUGCAAAGGCUUCGGCUUCGUCACCAUGACGAAUUAUGACGAGGCGGCCAUGGCCAUCGCCAGUCUCAACGGCUACAGGUUGGGUGACCGUGUCUUGCAAGUCUCCUUCAAGACUAACAAGACACACAAGUCCUGAACUUUAACAGGUAGAAGCAGUUGCCCCGCGACUUUGUCUGCUCCAAAAUUGCCCCCAACCUCCCCCCUCACCUCCACCCGUCCCUUAGCCCCUUCAGUCACUACCACUACCACCCUACUACAGCCAUCCAACACAGCAAACUCAAACUCCAACCGGAACACAAAGCAACCGACAAACCAUCAAACAAAUUGAACUAGAAAUGGCUUAUAUUAUAACUUUGGACCUAUAAGCCAAUGUUGCCUAAGUAUUACAAAAAUGAAAUGAUGAAAAUGUUCAUGAGUUUUUGGAAGGUCCUGUGAUAAUGCAGGCUUCUCUUUGUUGUAUAUUCUUUCUGUUUGUUGUGGUUGUUAAAAUGAUUUUUCUCUUCUGUGUAAACAGUAGCAAAUCCCUGUAUCCCCUUAUUUCAGAGAAGAGAAUGUCCUUUUUAGAUUGAAACCUUUUCUCUGUCUUGAUUCAGGAUUUGUUUUCCUUUUGUAAAUCCGGAUCCACUGUCGUUAGUAUUAUAUACCUCCCUGUCGGUGAAAGGGAGGGGGCUCUUUUUUAAAUUGGUGAACCAUUCAUUCAUUUUUAGUGUGUAUUAAAAACUUCCCCUGGUCGAUUAUAGAUGGGAUUCCACAAUCCCAGUAACUCUUAUGUAGAAAAAAAAUGAAUUUCUAACAUUGUUUUUGUUUUGUAUCGCAAACAAAACAUAAUGUCUUUCCUCACAGGGGUUCAGGGAGAUGGGGCGAGGGAGGGGAUGGGUUAGCUUUCCUGAUGACACGUUCAGUAAUUUAAGAAAAAAAAAAAAUA